CUACAGUACAUACUUCCUCCUCCUACUGUACUCGAGUCCCUGCAGGUUCAUCAUGCGGUUGAGUCUCAGCAACCCUUCUACACCGGUCUUGAGCCGCCGCAACACCAUGUUUCUCAAUAAUGCCCAUCAUUAUCGUCACGGAACCCACCCCCACCUUCUGUCCACCAGGCACAAACCAAGGCGAUGGCCGUUGGUAUUCCGUUUCAUCAAAGGCGCCAUUCAUGCAGCUAUUCUGGUGCCAGUCUUCUUGCACGCACUGUUUACGGCCUUCGUGGUAUGGCUGGACAAGGACGUCUUCGACACUGUCGGCCUCCCGAGUAGUAUCAUUCCAUCUUUAUCCAUCGUGGUCGGCCUCAUGCUGGUCUUCCGCAACCAAACAUCCUACAACCGUUUCUGGGAUGGCCGCAACGGGCUAAACACGAUCAAUACCUGUGUGCGGAACCUGGUCCGGGUCAUCAUCACCAACGGCUACAGCGCCCGUGGCGCCCCGACGGCGCCCGAGAAGCAGGACAUCGAGCGCACGGUGCGCAUCCUGAUGGCGAUUCCCUUCGCCGUCAAGAACCACCUGCGCGCCGAGUGGGGUGCGGCCUGGGCUCUGGGCAGCGACGUCGCCGAGAACGGGGUCACGGAUUUCAACCCGGACUACGCCAGCCUCCUGCCCGCGGGGCUGGAGGGCCAUGAGGACGCCGGCCUGGGCCUCCCCUACCAGCUGACCUUCUUCGUUGACCAGUUCAUCAAGCGCGGCGUUGAGCGCGGCUGGUUCCAUGCCCCCGGCGCCAGUCAGAUGCAGGCGCAGUUGAACACUCUGACGGAUGCUUAUGGGCGGAUGGAGACGAUUAAGCUCACGCCUAUCCCGGUCGCUCAUUUGAUCCACCAAAAGCAAGUCCUCGCCCUCUUCGGCUGCGUCCUCCCCUUCGGCAUGGUCGAUGAUAUGGGCUGGUGGACUGUCCCGAUGGUCAGCCUGGUGAUCUUCACGCUGUACGGCAUCGAGGGUAUCGGCUCGCAGCUUGAGGAUCCCUUCGGCUACGACCGUAACGACAUCAAGAUGGACGCCAUCGUUGGGGACGCCAAAACCGAGGUGGACGUCGUGCUGGCCGAAUGGCGCAAGACGAUGGCGUUCGUUGAGCAUGCUGAACGAUCGAACGGUGCUGCCGUUGAGAAUGACGGUGGCGAUGCGGGAACCGGAUUCACCCUGCCGGAGUUGUUCUUGAGGAGAGAUGGGGCGGUGAGUGCUGCGGUUUAGAACAACCCCGGAUACGAG